AUGUCGAACACACCAGAGGGAUCGCCGCCGGCGCCAGCGAGGCGCUGGUCACCCUCACGACCUCCCCCCACUACCUUUGAAUUCGAGUUCGAUCAGCGCAAUGAAUCGGACAUCGAAAAGAUUGUCCCAAAGCUCAAGGGAGAAUCGAAUUGGGUCAAUUGGGAGGAUCACUUUUACAUGGCUCUAAAGGAGAAUAACAAGGCAUAUAUCAGGGUGAUACGAGAGGAUAACACCCGUCCCGUUCGUCCUGAUUACCUUGAUACCUCCGAAAGCACUGUUCGACGGCUUCUUGCUGUCAAUGCUGGAGGAAAUGAAGAGCUUGUUACUGAUGUGGUUGUCCGUGAGACAGCUAAAGAACGACAGAAUCAGAACUACCGUCUACGUUCGAACUGGCAGAAAGAAGUCGACAAAUGGGAUCAAUGCAACACUCGAGUUUGCAAUCUCAUGUUCAGUACUGUUGAACCUGUUCCUGCUUCUCUUAUUGACAAGGUUGAAAAUGCCAUUACUCACGAUUAG